AUGUCUUCCUCUAAUCUACCCUCCACCGCUCCCUCCCACGGCCAUCCCGCCAAAGAUCUCCAGCAACCUCUCACCAACUCCUCCACCAACCCACCCUCCACCUCCUCCCACCGACCACGCUCAAACCCCGAUCCAACCACCAGCAAUGCCUCCCAAACCCCCCAGGGAAGCCUCACCGCCACCCCUCCCACCCGUCCCCCCGAACUCGCCCGUCUUGAAGUAACCCUGCGCUCCGCCCUGCGCCAAUACCCCGACUUCCCCUCUCCCGGCAUCCUCUUCGAGGACAUCAUGCCUCUCUUCGUCUCCCCCGCCCUGCACGAGGACCUUAUCCACGCCCUACACUUGCUCGUCACGCACUACGUCACCUCACAAAAAAUCGAUGUCGUUGUCGGGCUCGAAAGUCGUGGCUUCCUUUUUGGACCCUCGCUUGCGCUGCGUCUUGGAGCGGCGUUCGUCCCGGUGCGCAAGAAGGGCAAGUUGCCUGGUCCUUGUGAGACGGAGGGUUUCCAGAAGGAGUAUGGGGCGGAUGAGUUUCAGAUGCAAAGUGAUGCCAUCAAGCCUGGGCAGCGGGUGGUUAUCGUGGAUGAUAUUAUUGCUACUGGUGGAAGUGCGGCUGCAGCUGGCAAGCUCGUGCGAAAACUCGGCGGUGAUCUACUGGCCUUUGCUUUUCUCAUGGAGCUCGAUUUUCUCAAGGGAAGGGACAAGCUGGAUGCGCCGGUGCACACGCUGUUUGCUGGCCAAGAGGAGGCUUUGUCGAGUACGCGAUGA